AUGAAUUCAUCAACAGUUAUUAAUGCUCUAUAUAGUUUCUUUGGCAAGAAGAAAAAUAAAUUAACAUGGUCAGGAUCUCUAGAAGAUCUCAAGGCAUUUGUUCUUACAAUAGUCGACGAAGAAACUGCUGAAAGUUCGACAUGGCGUUCACCCAGUGGCGGAAAAUGGUGCUUCGACAGCGAUCAACUUAAAGUUACGUGGUAUACGAAGAGCGAAGCAAUACUCUUUGAAGGGACCAAAGCUAAAGAUUUGUCUAUACGAAUACAUGGUAUUCUUGUAGAAUCGGUCGACCGGAAGAAAGCCAAAAAUAGCGAUCUUAACAAGUCCUUAGAAUGUUUUAUGGCCGAAGCGAGCACUGAA